GCUUUCCCGCUUGGGGCUGCAGGUGGCCGAGUAGCACAGGGGUCUGAAGACUAGCGGAGGCAGAACUAACCGGUAGCGGAGUCGGAGCUGGAGCUGCAGCCGCACGAUCAGCCCUUCAGACUUGGGAGCAGGGGAAGAAGUGUUCCUCAGAUAGGGGGCAAGAGAUCCAGACUCUACAAUUCCCCAUGGAGCAAGGUUCUGGUCUGGGAGUGGGGAAGAAAAAGGAGAGAAGGAAGGGCCCCCUCGAACUCCUAACUGGGCCCUCCCUCUCUGGGCUGGGCAAAUCACGUCAUUUCCAGGCCCACCCCCUCCCUUCGCCCCUCCUCUCUCUGGUAUUUUCGGGACUUUCCUGAGCUGUUCUAACUUUCCUGCCCUCCCAACCCCCGCCUGCCCGCAGCUCUCUGGCUCUCACCCAUUCCAGCCUGGCAGGAGGAGGGACCCUCUGCCCCCCACCCUCAGGCUCCUGGCUACUCCCUAUAGACCUGGCCUGAGGGGUGCCCCUCCACACCCACCAGCACAGGUAGGAGCCUUGGCGGUAACAGCGGCAGCAGAAGCUGGACAGAGCCCAGCUCUAAACCAUGGACGAUUGCUAUGGCCCAGGUCUGGAUGGCAUUGAUUAUGAUGAUUUCCAAUUCAACUCCCCAGUAGUGGAUCGAAGAGAACCCCCAGAGGAGACAGGCAGUAGAAAUAUAGGACCUUCUGCCAGAAUUGGGGUGGGUCUGAAAGGAGAUCUUCAGACCCCUGGCUCAGACAUUCCCACUCCAUCCCCAGGUGAGGGCCCCUAUCUGGUCAUCGUGGAGCAGCCCAAACAGCGUGGCUUUCGCUUUCGCUAUGGCUGUGAGGGCCCCUCCCAUGGGGGGCUGCCUGGAGCCUCCAGUGAAAAGGGUCGUAAGACAUAUCCUACAGUUAAGAUCUGUAACUACGUGGGACCAGCCAAGAUUGAAGUGGACUUGGUCACACACAGUGAUCCACCUCGUGCCCAUGCCCACAGCCUGGUUGGGAAACAGUGCACGGAGUUGGGUGUUUGCGUGGUGUCUGUGGGACCCAAGGACAUGACAGCUCAGUUUAACAACCUGGGAGUCCUGCAUGUGACGAAAAAGAACAUGAUGGAGAUCAUGAUGCAGAAGCUUCAGAGGCAGCGACUCCGCUCUAGGCCCCAGGGCCUCACAGAGGCCGAACGUCGGGAGCUCGAGCAAGAAGCCAAAGAACUGAAAAAAGUGAUGGACCUGAGCAUUGUCCGGCUUCGUUUCUCUGCCUUCCUCAGGGACAGCGAUGGCUCCUUCUCCCUCCCCCUCUCACCUGUCAUCUCCCAGCCCAUCCAUGAUAGCAAAUCCCCUGGGGCCUCAAACCUGAAGAUCUCACGAAUGGACAAGACAGCAGGAUCUGUUCGGGGUGGGGAUGAAGUUUAUCUUCUCUGUGACAAGGUGCAGAAAGAUGACAUCGAAGUCCGGUUCUAUGAGGAUGAUGAGAAUGGCUGGCAGGCCUUUGGAGAUUUCUCUCCCACAGAUGUUCACAAACAGUAUGCUAUUGUGUUCCGGACACCGCCUUAUCAUAAGAUGAAGAUUGAGCGUCCAGUGACCGUCUUUUUGCAGCUAAAGAGGAAACGAGGAGGGGAUGUUUCUGACUCCAAACAAUUUACCUACUACCCCAUGGUGGAAGACAAGGAGGAGGUUCAGCGAAAGCGGAGGAAGGCCCUACCUGCCUUUUCCCAGCAUUUUGGAGAUGGCUCCCACAUGGGUGGGGCUGGAGGGGGUUCAGCUGGAGGCUAUGGAAAUGGAGGAGGAGGUGGGGGUCUCAGCUUCUUUUCCACCUCCUCCCUGAACUACAGCCUGUACUCUCCUGGGGCUGCCCCAGUGGGCAGUUAUUCUGGUGGGGCAGGAGUCCAGAUGUCUGGAGAGAGUGAGGGCACAACCAAUGGUGAGGGGGAAAAGCAGACACACCCGGAUUCCCCUGGUCGUCCCCCACCCCACGGACCCCAGGCCUUAAAGAUGCUACGGGAAGCCCGGCAAUACAACCUACGCAUGUUUGGGCUUGCCCAGCGCAGUGCCCGGGCCUUGCUGGACUACGGGGUUACAGCUGAUGCCCGAACCCUUCUGGCUGGGCAGUGUCACCUGCUGAGGGCCCAGGAUGAGAAUGGAGACACGCCUCUACACUUGGCCAUUAUUCACGGACAGACAAGUGUCAUCGAGCAGAUGGCUCAUGUCAUCUUCCAAGUCCCCCACCUUGGCAUCGUCAACCUCACCAACCACUUGAACCAGACACCUCUUCACCUGGCUGUGAUCACAGGGCAGAGCCAAGUGGUCAGCUUCUUAUUGGACAUGGGUGCUGACCCGACCCUGCUGGACCGGCAUGGAGAUUCUGCCCUCCACCUGGCGCUACGGGCAGCCAAUCCUGGUCUCCUGCAGGCCCUCCUUUGCCAUGUAGGGCCCGCCCUUCCCCAGUUGCUACUCAUGCCUGAUUAUGAGGGUCUAUACCCAGUGCACCUGGCAGUGCGUGCCCAUAGCCCAGAGUGCUUGGACCUGCUAGUAGGCAGCGGGGCCGACGUGGAGCUAGCGGAACGGCAAGGUGGGCGCACUGCCUUACACCUGGCAACAGAGUCAGAGGAGCUGGGGCUGGUUAGCCACCUCAUCACCAAGCUUGGUGCCAAUGUGAAUGCCCAGACUUUUGCUGGAAACACACCCUUGCACCUGGCAGCUGGCCUGGGCUCCCCCACCCUCACCCGCCUGCUACUCAAAGCUGGAGCCGAUGUACAGGCUGAGAAUGAAGAGCCCCUCUGCCCACUGCCUUCACCCCCAAACUCAGGCAGCGACUCAGAGUCAGAUGGGGCUGAGGAAGGAAAUGGAAGGAAAUAUCGUGGUCACACACCCCUAGACCUGACCCGCAGUGCUAAGGUUAGGACCCUGCUGCUGAAGGCUGCUCAGGAGACCACAGAGCCACCUCUGACUCCCCCAAGCCCUACAGGCCCUGGACUGUCCCUGGGGACCGCAACCUUGCAGGGCCUGGAGCGGCUGUUGGACGGACCAGGUGGCGGGGGAGAUUGGGCUGAACUAGCAGAGAGGCUGGGGCUGCGCAGCCUGGUGGACACGUAUCGCAGUACGGCCUCCCCUAGCGGCAGCCUGAUUCGGAGCUACCAGCUGGCUGGAGGAGACUUGGCAGGCUUGUUAGAUGCUCUGGCCGCCAUGGGACUGGAUGAGGGUGUGCGGCUACUGCAGGGAACAGAGCCCAGAGACAAGCUUCCGAGCACAGAGGUGAAGGAGGACAGUGCCUAUGGCAGCCAGUCAGUGGAGGAGGAACAGGAGAAGAUGAGCAUGGUACCUAUGACUCCUGGGGAGCUCACCCACAGGCACCCCGAGGAGCAGGUGCACUGAUGCCAACCACGCCCACAGCAUGGGCGACGCUUUGUCCGGCCCUGUGCCUGCCCCUGGAGGCGCCCGCUGUACAGAUACCCCCACCUGUGCCCGCGCCCUUAUUUAAUGCCCUGAUUGGUCCUUUGGUUCUGAUGAAUAAAGGUAUGUGGGGGCUGGGGACCCAACCACCCCACCCUAGGACA